UGAGGCUCAUGUUUACCUCUUUCGCACAGAGUGAAGGAGAGAAGGGAAGGAAGGGCGAUCAGGUCUUUUGAGUUUGGCUCCGUGUGUCUGUGCGUUUGGGCGGCCAGAGCGUUCAGGCGGUUCCAAGCCAGCCAACAUUCUCGUGAUCAGGCCCGGGACGCACAUGGAGCUGCCGCUGCUCCUGCUCCUCCUUCCUUUCCCACCAUGCUCGUGUGUGUCACGUCUAGACGCGUCCCCCGGUCUCCCUGGAAUUCUGCGUGCGCUGGAGUUCGGGCCUUGGAACGCUGCGUCGCCCGGAGUUCCAUAGCUCCGGAGCUGUGAAGGUCCUCGCGUUCGAUUUUGGAAUUCCGCGCAUCUGAACGUUCGACGCCGCUGAAGCUCGUGCCUAUCGAAAUGAGCAGCUCCGACGGCAAUGGAAAGCAGAAAGGUGAACACGACGGCAACGGGGCCUGUCCUUUCCGUGCGUACCCGAGGCUGCCGGUCUGGGUGGUGGAGGAUCAUCACGAUGUGCUCCCUUUCAUUUACCGAGCCAUCGGUUCAAAACAUCUUCCUGCCAGUAACAUCAGUUUUGUCCAUUUGGAUUCCCACCCAGAUCUUCUUAUACCGGUGAACAUGCCUGCAGAUACAGUGUUUGACAAAGAAGCUCUUUUUAGCGAGCUAAGCAUUGAAAACUGGAUUCUGCCUGCUGUUUAUGCUGGCCACUUUUCCCAAGUGAUAUGGCUACAUCCAGCGUGGGCUCAGCAAAUUGAAGAAGGAGCCCAUCAUUUUUUAGUAGGUAAAGACACCUCCACCACUACAAUAAGGGUUACUAGCACUGAUGAUUACUUCCUUUCUGACGGUCUUUACAUCCCUGCUGACCAACUAGAGAAUGAGAAACCUUUGCAUCUCAACGUCUGCCUUGUGAAUCCUUCCAAAACCUCUGGCAGCUGGGAGGAGAGUCAAGCUCUGCCUUCGGCUAAGAAGUUCAAGUUAAGCGAGGACAAUGCCGCAAAUGCCACUGCUGCCGCUUCAUCAAAGGACCCUGUUACCUUUGCCCACAGCUGCACAGGUGAACAGACCGACGGAUUAGAAAAAAGCAACCUUGCACAGAAGAAAGCGGCUAGUAUCCAAGGUCCAAACACCUCUUGCCAAACUACAGACCUUGUGAAAGACAUUUGCCAAGUGUUGCAAAAGGGUGCUGCUUACAUUUUGGAUAUUGACUUAGAUUUCUUUUCAGUUAAGAAUCCGUUCAAAGAAAUGUACACACAGGAGGAGUACCAGAUCUUACAAGAAUUGUACAGUUUUAAGAAGCCUAGCAGGACUUCAUCAGAGGAGGACUUGUUAAACUGUGUUGAGAACCGCAUCCACCAGUUGGAAGACCUCGAAGAAGCUUUUGCUGAUUUGUGUGAUGACGACAACGAAGAGAACCUGCAACGAUGGGCUUCAAAUCCUGGGAUGAAACCUCUAGGUCAACUUGUGCAUAGUUUGAAAAAUCGAAUGGAAACUCCUGAUUAUGAAAUGGUCCAUCAGGCUGGUCUUACGUGCGAUUACUCAGAACUCCCUCACCACGUUAGCACUGAGCAAGAAAUAGAGAGUCUCAUGCAGGCUGUUGAACGCCUCUUGAGAAACUUGCCAAAGCCAACUCUUGUGACAAUAGCCCGAUCUAGCUUGGAUGACUACUGCCCUGCAGAGCAAGUUGAGCUCAUACAAGAAAAGGUCUUGAAUGUCCUGCACUUGGCAUAUGGCACCUUGGAUGUUCAUUUAGAGUACUUGCAAACUUCACGUGCCAAUGGAACAGAUUCUUCCUCCACAGCAUGAUCAGCGUUGUGGAAACAAAAACCCGAUGCAACAAAAAUAGCUUUCCUCUCUAUGAAAUGGCAUCCAUAUGGGAGCAAAGGAUUUCUGUGAGGUUGGGUCGCACUUGUGACAGCGACACUCUUCACCCAGAUUAUUUUUUUCAGUGCAACGUUCUGCUAUUGUUACUUGGGUUUAUGCCUUUUAGGUUUGCUUAGAAGAAGAACAAUGACUGGGAGAUGGCACUUUCUAUAUUCCUACAAGGGUCUCUCCGAACCGAAUCAGUCAAGCAUUUGAGGAAGAGAUGUCAGAUUUUGCUUUAACUUAGUUGAAUUGAUUUUUCUUAGUUCUAAACGAAAAUACUGCUUCAAGACACUACAUUUUGCUUGAAAGCAGUGUUCUUCUGUUCCUGUUAAAAUACACUUGGUUGGUUGGUUUCCCACUUCUGUCCCACCCUUCUUCGAAGGAGCUCAUAGUGGCCUUCAUAAGAAUGUCGCAUUUUUUUGUCCCAACAGUGCUGUGACAUAGGUUAGGCUGCCAGACAGUGUCUUUCUCGAGGCCACCCAGCUCAGUGGGAUUUAAAUUCAAAUGUCAUCAGUCUUAAGAGUAACGUUCUAUCCACUUUGUCACACUUAGCUUGCGUCUGACUCCUGGAAGUAUUCAGUUUUUUGGCAUCUAUCUGUCUGUUGUAGAACCCUAAUAAUUCCUGCUAGGAGGAAAGUCAUAAUGCAAAAUGCAAUGUACUUCUACUUAAAUAUGUUUAAGACUAGGCUAUUAAGGAAAGAUUGCAAAGGGAAAGGGAAAUUGCUUUUAAUUGUGACUAAAAAGUUUUUUUCCCCAAGUGUGGAAGGUAAGAACAGAUAAGUAGCUCUUAUUUAUGUAAUAUUUAAACAGUUGCUACUUCUGUGCCAGUAUUUUUUUAUUUAUUUGCAAUGUUUACAUGCUGCCAAGUAAUAACAUUCUCUGGGUGGCUUAAAAUAUUAAACUACAAAAAUUAACAAUAAAGCAACAGGUUUUAACAAUUUAAAAAUUAAUAAUUCUGGGAAAAUUAAAAACCAAGACACCGUUCUCUUUGGUGCCCAUGUCUGUAAUAGGGAGAUAAGACUACUUGGCAUUUUUCACAGGCAUCAAAGUGACCCCAAAGUUGGCACCAAGUACAUUUUUCGUGUCUUGUAAACACCUGAAAUGGCUAGAGUCCAUUUCUUUUAUGGGUGAGUGUCUCUUUUAGCAUUUGAUCCCUUGAUUUCAUCCAUUUUUUAUGAAUUUUGGGUCCAAAGAUUCUCCAGCUGUCUUGGAGAGAGAGCAGUGGCAUCAUUGUGAUGGAUGUUUGGCAUUUAUUAUGAUGCUUUGAAGAACUCAAAGCACUUUGUUAUCUUGGUAAACACAAGGCAGUGGUAUUCAACUUAAUAAUUGCACUAGCGCAAGUAUUAGCACUAGCACAAUGGGACUAUCCUCCUCUCCUCCCCCCUGUCCGUGCCACAAGCCCUCCUCAAAUCUGCUGUGAAGAGUUGGGGGAACCCCCAAAAUAGAUUUAGGAGAUGCGCGGAGGGAGGAGAGGUGGAGAAUGCUCCAUUGCAGAUGGAGGAAUCUUUGCACUGACAGAACCAGCGAUGUAGCAGGAAGUUGAAUACAACCCAGCAGGCCAGUAGUCUUAUUUCCCUGUUACAGACUGUGGGAAAUUGUCAUUUGUCGAAAGCUGCUUGGGAGUUCAUGGUUCAGCUGAGAUGUGGAGAUCUUUAUGAUUCACAGGGUCAGGGCAAGGCAUGAGGGGGCCUUUGGACACCAACACCACCCCAUUCAGCCGGCAUAGGAUUAAGUAGUCCCGGUAGUCCCACCUGUCCCACCUCCCAUGUUGUCAUGAAGCUUUCUGUAUGCUCACACCCUCGGAUGAGCUGAUGUGGCAGUGCAGGAGGCAGGGAGAUUGGGCCUAUUUAAGCCCAUGCUAGCUGCAUUGGGGUGUGUGUCUGGGAGGAUGGAGCUCCAUGAUCCAUGCCAGCAGUGGGGCAUGGGAUGUAAUUUACAGCUUUUAUAUGGAAUUGUUGUGUACUGCAGAUCACACCCCAUGACCUGACUCUAUCUUGGAGCGGGAGCUCCACCCUCUCAAGGGUCCUUGGACCCAUGUGUUCCUGGCUGCCUGCUGGUUCACUUUCUUAUCCACCAUGUUACACUACCCCUCCCGAAGUGCAAAUGAAACAAAGGCAAAGGGCUUCCUCUGGCAGCAUCCUUUAUCCCUCGUCCAGAACCUGAGAGGUUAAAGAGAAAAGACUUGUGCUCCUGCACCAUCCCCGUAGAAGUGUUCCAUUAUUGACCGUCAUGAUGAGUGUUGAAUCUUACCAUAGAUCUAUCUCUUCUUUAAUGUGUGCCAAGUGAAGGGCUGUGGCGCAGUGGCAAAGGACAUGCAAAAGGUCCCAGGUUCAAUCUCUGGCUUCACGAGCUAGGUCAGGAAGAGGCUUUUCUCUGACUGGCAGCAGCUCUGCAGGUUUCAAUAUAGACAAGACUGAGCUAGAUGCACCAAUGUGAGGCAUGAGGCAGUUUCCCAAUGUUUAGUAAAAUGAACCUAUUGGAGAACUCUCACCAGCCUCCCCACCAUUCCCACUUCCAGCAACUGCUUAAGAAACAGCUCACUCUCUUCUAAGGCACGUGGAUGUUUAUAUGUCCUCUGUUUCAGAGAGGAGUCUUUCCCCGCCUUACCUGGAGGAUGAAUUUAGGGAUUUUUGCAGGCAGAGUCUGUGCUGUACCACUGCUCUUCAGUCCUUUUUUAUCAGGUCUGGAGGCCAGCUCCAUUACACCCCGUUUCAGGAGGAGCUCAGUAUUAUUUAUUAUUAUUAUUAUUUAUUGAAUUUAUUAGUCGCCCAUCUGGCUGGCUGUCCAGCCACUCUGGGCGACGUACAAAAUAGGCAUACAAUACCUAGACAUUAAAAAUCUAAAAACAAUGAAGAUAAAAUCUAGCCAACCCCAAAAGCCUGCCUGAAGUCCAUCUCCAGGUUGCUCUUCUGGAGAAUAAUCACCUGGAGUUUGGCCACUUCCCCCUCCAGCACUUUUUAAAAAGUCAGGCCCAGUACUGUUCCGCUAGGCAACGCUGCUCCUUCUCCCUGCUUCAGUGGAAACAGGCUUUGGACUUGCCCUUAUAUAGAGAUGAGGGGAAAUCCAUGUUUUAUUUUAAGUUUCUUUGUUCUUGAUCCAUAAAUUUCAGAUAGAUGAAUUGCAAUUCUUGAUUCGUUCAGUAGGUGGGGUGCUUUGAUUUGCUUAUCUCUCAGGAAGCAAUGAGAUGCUUUGAGAAAGUGGAACUUUCUAAUUCUGUUCUGAUUUAAAAUAGAUGUAUAACCACUGAGCUGAGAAUGAAAGGGCCAAUUGUCUUCCCAUUUACAAUAUACAUGUUGUGCAAAGUAGAUCAAGCUAGCAUAACUUGUGUCCCCCAAAAUUUAAACACAGCCCACCACACAUGUAUAUUGCAGAGUGCCAGUUGCUUGUUAAAACAUGUUUGCUUUCCUGUCUUCUGAGAAACUGGGAAAAAAGAUUGUCAGGCACCUGUGUAGCAGGUUCCAUAUACUUUCCUGGAGCAGAAGCACUAGCCACUGAUGAGGCAGAGUGGUGUUACAACAAUGCAUCUCAUUAAAAAAAAAUUUUUUAAAGACAAA